UUCUCGUAGCGGCGUGAAGCGGCGGCACACUGUCGGUGUUCGGACCCGAACAAGGUCCAGCUGUUCGCCGGCGUCUCGUCAUCCUCCGGACCGGGCUCGGAGCCACCAUGUCGGCCGGUUGGUGGAGCAGCGCCGCGGUCACCCACGGCCUCAUGGCGCUGUUCGCGAUGGGCUCCUGGGUUUCCGUCAACAGUCUGUGGGUCGAGCUGCCGGUGGUCGUCAACGUGCUGCCCGAAGGCUGGAAUCUUCCCGCCUACCUCUCAGUGCUCAUAGCGUUCGGGAACCUCGGCCCCAUCGCGGUGACCGUCACCCACCACUGCGCUCCGGGACGCUUGAACGAACGCCUGGUCAUCCACUGCAUCCAGCUGCUGGCCGUGGUGGCGUCGGCCUUCCUCGCCGUCUUCUGGUCGCACACCGUGGUGGUGGCGGGAGAGAAACGCUCGCUCCCCUUCCUGCUCUUCACCUUCGUGUUGUCUCUGGUCUGCUGCACGUCCAACGUCACCUUCCUGCCCUUCAUGUUCCGCUACCCGCCCCAGUACAUCCGCACCUUCUUCAUCGGCCAGGGCCUCAGCGCCUUGUUCCCCUGCGUCGUGGCGCUGGGGCAAGGCGUCAACAAGCUGGAGUGCAAAACGGUGAACGGCACGGUGCACCCGGAGUAUUUAAAGGUGAACUUCCCCGCCCAGAACUUCUUCUGGUUCCUGUUCGUGAUGCUGUCGGUGUCGGCGCUGAGUUUUCUGGCGCUGACUCGAAGACAGAAGCAGCCUGAGGGCGAGGCGUCGCCGCCGCCGCAGGAGUCGGACAGCGCGGCAGCAAAGAACGGCGAGGAGACCGAGCGGCUUCACAACGGAGGGACGCCGGUGUCCGAGGAUCAGGUUCGGCUGGAGGAGCAGCAGCCGCCCGCUCAGACCUUCUGGACGCCGCGAAACAUCUACCUGCUGGCGCUGCUCGCCGUCUCCAACGCCCUCAGCAACGGCGUCCUGCCGUCCAUCCAGAGCUUCUCCUGCCUGCCCUACGGAAACAUGACCUACCACCUCUCCGUGGUGCUCGGCAACAUCGCAAACCCCCUGGCCUGCUUCCUGGCCAUGUUCGUCGUCCUCAGGUCCUCCUCAGGUUUGGGCUUCUUGUCCGUGGCUGGGCUGGUUUUUGCUGCGUAUUUGAUGGCGUUGGCGGCUCUCAGUCCCUGUCCACCGCUGCUGGGAAGCAACGCUGGUGUGGCUUUAGCGGUCGUCUCCUGGAUCGUCUUCACCGGCCUCUUCUCCUACCUGAAGGUGGUGAUCGGGACGCUGCUCCACGAGGCCGGCCACGCCGCCCUGCUGUGGUGCGGCAUCUCCAUCCAGGCCGGCUCCCUGGUGGGCGCCCUCACCAUGUUCCCCCUGGUGAACGUCUACCACGUGUUCUCCAGAGCCCAGGAGUGCGUCGACACCUGCGGUCCCUGAAGUACGUUUUCUCGGCAGCACAGUUCUCGGCCUUCCUGGUGGGAAGCGACCGCUCUGACCAUUGUUCCUUUGCUUCCUGAGAGAAGCUCUUUCUCUGUGUUAUUUUUUAUUUUUUGUGGAGGAUCACGCCGCAGAUUCCCCGCUCAGAGGCCUCCGAGCCUGCGGACGCGAUAACAUUCCCAGACAACGGGAGCGUUGUACUGCUGCAUGCUGGCCGAGGGGAUGUAAAAACACGUAUGAUGCAGUGAAACCACAAGUGCUUUGUGUGGAGUUUUAUAAGGAGGCUCUGUAGCUGGAGUUGUUUACAGAUUACAGACGGAUUUCCCCACAACAACACAUCAUGUGAAGCUGUUUGCUCAGGGACCAUGAACUCAUUCAUCGCUCGUAUCGUUUGUUGCUCCUGAGCCUGUAACUCCGGUGGUGGGCGAUCGGGCCUAAGGAGAACUUCUGAACCUCGUCGAACCCUCAAAUCUCCUAGUUUGAUUUUAUUCUCUAAGUUCUGUGGCAGUGAUUUGCGUCUGUGCAGCUUUGAAAAAAGUAUAAUCUUAGCUUAGCAUCAGGAAGGAUUCUACAAGUAAGUUGUUUUUCCUGUACUGUUGAGUAUUUCUCAGCUCCUUCACGUCUUUUGAGACUCUCCGGUUGGACUCCAGCUUCAGUAGUCCUCGUUCUGUUCUCUGGAAAACCUCCUGCAUGCUGGAGGUCCAGUCCAACCAGAACCUGGAAGCUCACCGAGGCCGCCGAGCACCAGCGUUGGCUCACGUCCAAGCAGCUGACUGGUGGAGGUUGAGUCUGUCUGCAGAGGCUGAUAAACAGCGACCUGGUCGACUUUAGCUGCGUUCUAAAUCGUAUGUUUGUCCUUUUUAGUUUCACUACAGCUGCAAACUACAAACUGUUUCAUGCAGCACAAACAUGUUUCAACUAGAAAUAAACUCCUAAAGUCAACUUUUGACAAACUUUGUUUAUACUUUCUCUACUGCCCUUAGUUAUUACACUAGCGAGACGGCCAUUUUCCUUUUAAUCUUUACUAAAAAACGUACACUAAGCUCCCGUCAUGAUGCAGUCUGUGAGAUUAAUCUGAAAAGCAGAGAGUUAAAUUGCUAAAUUUAAGGUAAAGUCUGCGAUUAUAACUCAAUGCACAUUGAUUAUCUGUAGGGCUGGACCCGAACAUCCGAAUAUUCGGUCGCUGUGGUGGUAAUUUAGAGAUCCGAAUAUUCAUCUGGCGCCACUUGUAGCUGCACAGGUCUAAUGACAGAGGCCACGCUUCGUACUGAUGUCAACGGAGGUUUAUUCUUAAUUCUUCUCUGUCUGUCCCUUCGGCAAACACCGCGUAACACCGUGAAAGCUAGACACAAUAAACAAAUGCACAUCAAAAACAGACAUUUGUGGAUCUUUCAGUCUCUCUUGUUAGCAUAAUCAGUGAACAGGCUCGGUCAGUUAGAAUACAAACACACCACAGAAACUGUAUAAUAUUGUUCGCGCAAAUCAAACCACAUUAUACAUGAAAUAUAAACCAACAGAUAGUUACCAUACGCGCCUCUCAGACCACAUGCAGAAUGGCGAUAACUUGCGCUACGUGUCUCUGGUGCAUCCCGUACCGGUUCUGACCCACAAUGCUGCUCUCUUGACCUCACUAAAGGUCAGUCAUGUGACCUGACUUAUCAAAAUAAAAGUCUGAUGCAGAGUACCUAACUUUUUAAUUAAAACUGGAUUUUAAAGUGACCUAUUUUUUAACAAUCUGUUACCAUUUGUACCCUUUUCAAUUUAUUACAUUUUUGAUCUCAGUUUUUAAUUAUCUAUGAACAAUAAAACAAUGAAUUGACAAACAUAAAUUAUACACAUCACAACCUGUCUCUUAGACAGUUGGUGGAAACAGAACCGGGACCGCUACCCUAAACAAGCAUUAGCAGCCAAAUGCUGCCUGUGUGCUCUGCCCACUUCCACCCCGACGAGUAUUCGGAUAUUCAUCAUUAAAUGGGCCCAAAUAUCUGGAGCCCAGAAAUUGCUAUUCGGUCCCGCCCUAAUUAUCUCCUCACGGUUCGUUCUGUGCUGCAAACUCAUUUGAUAUUUGUGCCGUGCUUGAGCCUAAACAUAUACAAGAGGUGAAGUGAGCGUGACAGUUAAUCUAUCCUUUGCUAACGAGUUAAAUGAGCUAAAUACCGACGGCUGCACUGUUUAAGAUCGUCUACGACACGAGGUCGUCCGAUCGCCCACCACCAGCCCCCACCGAGAGGACAACGGUUUUUAUUUUUAUUUUCACGGACGGUUUUUCGAUGUCUGGCUACCUCUUCCUGUUUAAGCAACAGACUCAUAUUUCCAUGAAUUAGUCAGAAACACGCUGAUGAGGUCAGUAUAACAAAUCUGUUGGAUUUAUUUUAUUUUAUUUCUAACAGAAGCUCUUAGUUCACAGCUGCAGCGACAUUCCUUUGAUUUUGAUGCCAAAAAACUAUUUCUGCCUGAAAAAUGUUGAGCUGUACAAACACUUCCUGUUUGCUUUAAAUGUUCAUGUUGUUGGGUAAUCCUGUUUUUGUUUGUUUUAAAUUUAUCAGUGAUAUUUCCAGUUUUGUGAUGAUUUUAAAUGGAGUUUAGUGUUUCGUGGUGCUUUUGUUUUUGUUUUUUGUUUGUGGUUUUUUUUACAGAGAUCCCUAAAGGUCACUGAACAGCCAGUUGAUCCAGUUUGGUUAUAACACAAGACCAGUUUGAGAAACACUCUGCGGAUACAACAGAAACGAGAGACGCUUUAUGUGAUGCACUUGUUGCUCGUUGUUUACUUCAAAAGGCCCAAUCUGACGGAUUCUAGCUGUGAUGGGGAAGCUGCUAAUCUGCUGGUUGUUGUUCACAUUUCUGCUGCUUUGGAUGCGUCCAGCUGUUACCACUGUAACCUGCUGGUAUCCCUAAAAACUAACCCAGUAUGCAGUAAACAUAUACUGCACGACCACGAAGCCGCUCAGGAAGAAAACACAUUCUGUCUGUUAGCAAAAUCAUUCCAGAGCUUCUGCAAAGGGCCUUGAAGAGAAGUGGUGUGUUAGUAACGAUAGUCGGAUCCUCUGUGAAAACAACUUGAACGGUUUCUCAACAAGCAUGACGCCACUUUAAAAAAAAUAAAUAAACAAAAAUGCCAAAAUACAGUAAGGCUGGACCCCAACAUCUGAAUAUUUGGUCGUUGUGGUGGUAUCCAGAUAUCAGUUAUGUGACCCGAAUAUUCGCCCGCCACCCCAUCACCCCCAUUGUUGUGGUGGUAUCUUGAUAUAUAUUAGCCCGCAAACCACCCUCCGCUGCCACCACCGCCGAUGAUGGAAACACUGCUAACCCAAGCUAGCAUUAGCAUCCAAAUACUGCCUGUGCGUUCCGGCCGCUUCCACCCGGUCGGUGCGCUCCAACCCGUUGGCACCCCCCCGACCGUGCAGAAUAUUUGUAUAUUCGUCAUUAAUUGGGCCCGAACACCCGUAGCCCAGAAAUUGCUAUUGGGACCAGCCCUAGAAUACAGUUUGCAAAGUACAUGGGGAGGAAAAUGGUAACUUUUUGUAGAAAUCUCGUGUGGUCUGAUGAAACAAAUGGCUGAUGACUGUCGAUAUGAGAAAGAAGCACGGUGGUGGCAGCAUCAUGCAUUAAUAUGUGUGGUCCAGAUUUGUUUGUUUUUAGUGUUAUUACUAUUAAUCUGUUGGUAUUUAUCUCAGAGAAUAUAGAAUCUGGCGAAGAAAACCCACAAAGAAACUGCUGUCAUGGCACCCGUUGUCUCUAGUUGGGGUUUUAGCGAACCGGUUUACAAAAAGAAAGAAAGCCUGGAGGCGUCCAAUCCCUCGGCUGGAUUUAUCCGUUAAACCAGCAGCUGCUCAUCGACUGAGAUCGUCCCGUUAAAAUGAACAAUAAACAGUAAAUACAUCGACUGUUGCAUCAACGUUCUCUUCUGUUGCAUCCAUAAGGUUUCUCUAAACUGAACGUAUGUUUAAAAAUCCUCCUCAGUAAGUUCCCGCGGUGACCUUUAGGGGUUCUGAUCUUUUUAUGACUUUUUCUUGUUGAUUUUUUUUUUUUUUUUUAAACUAAUUGUCCUGUACCGUGAUUAGACAUGAAAGCGGCUGAAGGCGAGGAAACGUCUGUUAAACAAUAAAGAUCGUUAAAGACGU